AAAAUUUACGAAAGAGAUCAAAACAAAAAUUGCGUUCAGUGAUGGAUGGAUCAAAAUUUCACAACCAAAAUAUCGACGUGUGAUUAGCGUGCGAUUUAGUGACCUAAAACAUGAAUCCCGUGGAAAGUUUCGUGUUUCCGGAUAUUCCCAAAACCAUUCGCGAUGCUCUCUUCAAACAUGACAAGCAGAUGAUCAUAGUGGGUGUGAUAGGCAAAUCGUCCUCAUCUAGCUGCAACAAAUUGGUCGGAUUCAAUUUGCUGACCACUCACCCAGCUCUGACCGAUUCAAAGUGCUGUGAGGGUCGCAUAAAGUUCUAUUUCGAGGAAGAUGGCACCGUGUUAUACCUGCACUUCGAGACCACAUUCGACCAGCAAGUCAUGGCCGAAGAACUGGCGAAAGCGGUGGAAACUGGCGAUCGAGACAAUUUCGUUAAUUUCAACAGCUACGUGCGCAGCCGGUUCGCUCGGAUGCUGCUGUUUGCCAUCCAGGUUUGCCACAUGAUCGUGCUGGUGGAACCGACGUCGGUCUUUGACACGAGCUAUUUGUCGAUCUUCAAGUCGCUGAAGAUCAUCCGGGAGAAAUACGUGCUGAAGUUUCUGCCGAAGCUACUGAAAGCUUCCAAUGUGGGUAAUUACAUGGGAAAGGAAGCCCGAUUGUGCAGUCCACGCUUUAUAUUCCUGUUUGAGGGCACCAGCGACAUCCGACCGGAGGACGUAGAAAAAUUAGAAGCUUUGGAAUGUGCCGUAGAAGAGGACAUCUACAAAAUGCUGAGGACUGAAUUCAUCAUAACGAACAACAGCGCUAUGUCGCUGUUCUCUAUUCCAAGAAGCAAAAAAUUCGUAUUCUUUAGCAGCGAUUCGAAGGCAAAAUCCGACCCAUUACUGGACUCGAUCGAUAUGCUAAUGGAGUACUUGGAUAAACCAUCUGCUGGGCAGCCGGGCGACAAAGACGACGAGAAGUUCAUGAAUCGCUUACGACCUUACGAAGGCUACGGAAUGUCCGCCUGGAGCAUUGGAAGGGCGAGUGCUGCCAUAGGCAAACCCGAGCGCGAAAGGAGUAUCUUGGCGCUGAUUAGAAAGCACGUGGCCGAAGCGUUUGAGCAUGGCUUUGAUGACAGCGUUUCGAAGUAUAGGGGUAGGAGCCAUUUUGCGGUCCCAGGUGUCAAAUCUUGGUUCGAAGGAUUCAAGUUCUUGCAUAAAAUCUUCAUUGAAAACCCCGAUAAUCCAAACUACGAACCGGGAGAUGUGGAUUACAAAGCAUAUUUGGAGAACUUCCACAAAGUGAUCGACAUUGACGAACGCUUUUUUGGGGACGUUUGCGAGCACGGCAUGGAGCUGGCCAUGGUCAACUACAAAGAAAUGCUUCCCCACCACUACAGCGGUGCGUUCCACGAGAAAAAGUACCACCAGGCCCGUGAAGUCUUCCUGCGGUAUGCCCGAGGACCGGAAGUCGAACGACAUGAGGCCAAACUCAAAGAUUACUGCGAUUCGAUCUGGUUGAACGGGAAGCAGCAGUGCGAGUACCCUAGUCUGAGGGGAAAUCCUUGUGCUCUGGGGAAGCACAAGGCCAAUGAUCCGAUGGAUCACUCCAGUGGAGUGGUGUUCGUGUCCGCUUGUAAUUGUGGACGAACUCAAGGCCACCGCGAAGAUCCAUAUACAAUUAGGCAGGCAAAUUAUGACUUCUACCAACUGAUAGCGAAAAGCUGUAGCAACUGUACCCUGCUGGAAAGAAUCAAAUUUCCGGUGUUCGAACCGUCAGGCAGCGACUUCCGGGCAGCAGAAUUCAUCAACAAGAAUUUAUCAAACCUGAUGUCUCUUGAAAAUUCAAACAGAACUCCUGAUACUAGCGCUAAUCCACCAAUGACUAACGACCAUUCGCCACAUCUAUCCGGCAGUCAGAAAAGCCAGGACAGUGCCUCGAAUCUCACAUUCAGUAUCGACGACAAGGAGGAAAAUGAUGGCCAGACUAAAAACUACGCAAGCCAAGGUGAUGAAGAAGAAGCCUUGGAAGAAGAACCAAUGAAUGAAAUUGUCAUCAAAGUUGGAGAGCAUACCGAUCAACCAGACAAAGAUAAAGCCAUUCUUAGGCAACCUUCCACAACGGAAUAUCUGCCCGGAAUGUUGCACGCCACUAGUCCUUCUGGACUGCUUCCGCAGUUUCCUUCGUGGUCAUUGGUUUGUCUAGGACCUAGCUCUAUCUACACGCACAACAGUGGACUUCCGGAACAUAUUCAAAGCGGAUUCCUUUCCGGAUCAAAUUUCCUGCUACCGUGGGAUGUCAGCGUGCGACUCGAGCAUGCCCAAUCCUGGGCUGCUUCCUAUGAAAAAAUCCGAAACCGCAAGAAGAACGCCGCUCAGUCAAAGUCCGGCGAUUCCAGCAACAACUUCACGCUGAAGAUUUUCAUCGGAAUAGAAUACGAAUGCCUCCGAGGGCAUCGUUUCAUCAUGAGUGGGCCGGACACGGUCCUUCGGGGAGGUUCCGGAAUCGUGCGGGACAGCGGAAGCAAAGUCGUUUUCAACGAUAUGCCAAUUUAUUUCCCGUGUCUGUGUCGCAGUUCAAAUGUCGCCCAAUUGAUGCGGGUACACAUUGUAACCCCCAAGGCUCCGGUCAAUGUGAUCCUGGAACCCAAGGUUAAAAUCUUCCAGAAUAGUGUGCAGAACAAUGUUACUUUUACCACAGGCCAACCGGAACCGAUCAAGCUGACGCAGAGUGCUUACUGGAUCUUGCGGUUACCGUUCGUGUACGAAGGUGACAAUGGACCAUUGGUGCCACCCAGCGAGGUAAAUGCUAACAAUGCUAGUAUGCACGGUGUGCUGAUGGCCGGAAUGUACGGAAUCAAGGAAAGCGAGAUUACUGAAGAAUUGAUUUGAAAGUCACUAAUUUUUCUUGAAUUUGUCACAUUGAUCGAGUAAAUAAAGUACUAAACAAAAGUCA